AUGCGCAAAGUCGAGGAGAACCUUCCGGCGACGAACGAGGGAUACGGGACGCGGGAGUACUGCGGUACACGGCGUGCGUGGCGAAACAGUUGUGGAUGCUGGGAGGUAGCUGACGACAGCGAGGGUCCCGAGCACAACUUUGACUGGUUCCUGAAGCCGGACUACCUCCUCCCGAUCUUCGAGGAGCUGACGGCGGACAUCAAGGUCGGCAAGGAUGCCCGCAUCCUGAUGCUGGGGUGCGGCAACUCACAGCUCUCCGAGGUCAUGUACGACGCUGGAUGGACGAACAUCGUCAACGUCGACUACUCGACCGCGUGCAUCGAGCAGAUGACGCAGCGACACGGCGAGGCCAGGCCGAAGAUGACCUGGCUCGAGAUGGACGUUAUGAACCUCACUUUCGGUGAUGAGGAGUUCGACAUGGUUGUUGACAAGGGUAAGCUCAGAGAACGGGGCACAGCUGACGGGCAGGAACGAUGGAGUGAGCGGAUUGUAACGGGCGAAACUAACCCCAGCGCUAUGCUCACGACCAAGGGUGACCCAUGGCCCCACUUCCGCAAGCGAUACCUCCAGGACCGGGCGGGCUGGAAGCUGUCGACGAAGACGAUCGGCCCGCCCGAAGGCUUCGACUACUUCCAGUACCUGCUCGAGUGGGAGCCGGAGUCGGCGUAA